AUGGAUGUUUGUUGUAUGUUGUUAGAGAGACUAUGGCAGUUUGAUCAUCAUGUAGUACAUGAUGGGUAUGAAAAUACCUAUUCUUUGAGAAAUGAUGGAUUUCAACACAAGUUGAAGCCAUUGAAGGAGACAGAGGAAAAGGUAUGCAGUAAUGCAAGAAUAUAUUUAUUUGAUGGAAGAAAGUUUUUAGAAGGCAUGAAGCAUGACCAUAUACGUUUUUCUUCUAUUCCAAAAGUUGAUAAAGAGGAAGUAGAAGAUGUAUCUAUAGAAGUUGUAGAUAUGUUGGAUGAGUUUCAGGAUAUUGUAUCUGAUAAUGUAUCUGAUGGAUUACCACCAAUGAGAAAGAUUAUUUAUCAGAUGGACCUAAUUCCUAGAGCCAAUUUUCUAAAUAAGGUAGCCCAUAUAAUGACUCUAGUAGAGAAUGAAGAGUUGAACAUGCAAGUGCAAGAGUUGUUACAAAAAGGGUUGAUUCAAGAGAGUUUGAGUCCAUAUGCAGUACAUGUAGUAUUAGCACCAAAGAAAAAUGCAGAAUAG